CAAUGCGACAUUUCAUCCAUUCACCUGACAUCGUGACACUGGCCUUGUCUGACAUAGCUUGUCGUCCUUGACCUUUCAACAGACACACUUCCGUGAACACUCGCGCAUAGACCACACUGCUUCAACGGGUCCACAUUACUCUGAUCAAGGGGCGAACUGUAGGGCGAAACUAUAUAAGCACUGAGCGUUUCCAACAUGUCGUCCAACAUGUUUCUGUACUGGGGUUCUGGGAGCAUUCCUUGUUGGAAGCCCAUGUUGGUUCUGGAAGAAAAGGGACUGGCGGGCUACCCGAAUAAGAAGAUUUCCUUCAGCGACAAGGAACACAAAUCGGAGGAAGUCUUGAAACUCAACCCUCGCGGACAGGUACCGACCUUCAAAGAUGGCGAGAUUGUUGUGAACGAGUCCGGCGCCAUCUGCUUUUACCUUGAGCACAAACUUUCAGACAAAGGAACGAAACUGCUGCCAGACGACAAUGCCCAGCGUGCCCGAGUCUUGCAGAGAGUGUUCGAGGUGUCUAACGUGGACAGCAGCAUCAUCACAAACCUGGUUCACUAUAGAUUCAGGACUCCUAAAGACGAGCUUGAUGAGGAGCUGUUGAAGACGAAGUACGAGGCUGUUCGGACUGAGUUGAAGAAAUGGGAGGAUCACCUGGCGGCUAGCCAAGGCUAUGUUGUCGGCAGCAACUUCACAAUGGCGGAUGUCUUCUUCUUCCCGUAUGUCGCCUUCGGGGUGAGACUCGGCCUUGACAUCUCGAAAUAUCCCGCCAUUAGUGCCUACUACGACAAGGUCAAGGACAGGCCAUCAGUGAAAGCAACAUGGCCGCCACACUGGGCUGACGGACCCGGCGACUCUUCCAUCAUGGGACCCGUGUGAGGAGCUGUGGCUCAGAAUGACGACAGAGGUCGCUUCUUUCCAGCCUGUUAUGCAACGCCAUUUUCAAUUUGGCAUUAGUCAUGCUUCAGUCAUAAUCAUAUUGUCCCUAUAUUGCAAAAGAUGUAUAGUUUUACAUAAUACACUGGCGUAUGGUUUGUGUUUGGCUCUAUAAUUUACGCCCUUAACGGUAAACUGACUUACGAUAACCUAACUUUGUAUGACACGUGGGGCGGCGGGGUAGCCUAUUGGUUAAAGUGUUCGACCCGGUUCGAUUGCCAACAUGGGUACAAUGUGUGAAGCCCAUUUAUUGUGUUCCCCACCAAGAUAUUUUUUCGAAUAUUGCUAAAAGCGGUGUGCCUCACUCACUCACGCAACACGUUUUAUUCAAACCAUGGUACACGAGUAAGCCAGUGGAAUAAGUGGGCCUGGGCUUAGUAAUUCGCUGUGCGUCGGUUGUAAGUUGAAAUCCAAGCUUCUGUCAACAUCAAAACAAUGCUCGUGCUAGACUACUAAUGUUACCACAAUCAUCUGACGCCAAGAGGUGUUGAGCCGGCGCCUAACUCAAUUGUUACUUCAAACCCUAGACAUCGGUGUCUGCAACGUUUCUUUUUCUAUCGAAAAACAUUUACAAAUAUUGGAUUAUAAUGGCAAUUGUUUCAUUAUACUAGAUUUAUUUCAGCAUUAUUUACAUUCUGGUUAUGCUGGUGGUUUGGUUUCGUUGUAAAGGCAUUAUUUAUGUUAAGCAAAGAGGGAAAGGUUUUAUGGUUAUGUGUAAAGAAGUUGUUGGAGAAUUGUUACAUUUGUGCUGUGUAAUGUAGUGCUGUCAUUUAAUAAAAUAAUACACUCCAUA